AUGGCUUGUGAAGUGACAGACAAACAAGAAGACCCUGAGGGAUAUCAUAUAAUCAGAACGGAAAAGCAAUGGGCGAACGCGAAAUUUCCAAUGAGGAACGUCAAAAUGAGGGAAACCCUCAAAGAAGGCGCUCUAGAAAGGCGUACUCCGAGGGCAAUGAUAAGAGGACUUCCUGAAGGCACGAAGUUUGGAUGCCACCUGACGGACUGGGGACUUCUCAUGAAAAUUGUCUGCCUCUACGAGAAGAACCAGUGA